CCAAAUCUCUGUCCUUGACAUCACAGGGGACAGAGGGAAAGCCAGAACUCUGUCUUGGGCCUCUCGCGUUACUAAGUGCUUGCACUGCCAUUGCUGCUUCCACAGUGGACUGGCUGCAUGUUCCUGGCUGGUGCACGGGGGUCAGGGGCCGGGCUUCCCCCUAGGGCCCUGGGGGCUCACUCAGCCCCUGUGCAUGUGGCUUUUGCAGAGGCAGGGGCUGCUUUGCUGCAUUGCCUUCCCAUCUGCUCGUUCUGUCUUCUGAGCCAGGGGGAGCACAUUCACUGUCAUUUUUAGCAGAUCUGCCAGUCACAGAGGUCCUCUAGGUUGUCUCCUGUGAGGAUCCCGAGCCCUAUACGAGGGAGGAGGGUGGGCCGUCCCUGCCGGAGCAGGGGAGCCUUCCCCUUCUUCCUCACGUUUGCUUCCUCUUGGCCAGACCACAGGGCGGGGGAGAGCUGCUCAGAAUGACUGGUAGUCAGGGGGCGACUGGGAAGCCCCCACCAGGUACCCAAUUGAGGUGUUUAGUUGUGUUUUGUUUUGUUUCGUUUUGUUUCCUAUUUGUCUUUGCCUCCUAUUGAGGCUGAAAGCAAAACCUCAGAAAACCUGGUGUGUGGGAAGGGGAGAAGGACAGCCAUGGAGGUCUGCUUCACCUGAGGCUCCUUACCAUUUACCCAGGCCUGUGCUGUGCCGUUUGGAAAUCCUAGCCUUGGGGUCAGUUUUCCUGAUGUGAAAGAUGCAGGAAACGCAGCUCUGAGAGGUCCCAUGGUGCUUCCAUGCCUAGCCUGGGUCCGGAGUGUAUGCUCGCUCCUUACAGCCCGGGCCUCUGCUCUGCCUCAGCUUACUGGGCAGGGAGGGCUUCAGGAGAGUCAGAUGGUCGGUAAAGACCGCAUAUUCCUGCAGGACACUGUGGGGCCCGCACUGUGUUCCUGCAGGCUGGGCAGACCCCCAACAGGGGAACCAUGUGCUCCCUGAUUCCUCACUGAGAGCUGUCACUGAGCCCGGGUCUGGCCCAGAGGAAGGCCACGAAGGGCAGACACCUCCUUGCUGUGCUGCUUCCUGCCCCUGCUCUGCGCGUCUGUGGCUGUGCCUGUCUCCUCGAGGUCUGGCACAUGCAUUCUGACCUCUCCCGUGUGAAGCAUGGUACGCGGUGGGAGGCAUGGCCCUCCCAGGGCAGGAUGUGUGCCAGGGCCGGCUCUGGGUUGUGCUUGGCUAAAGGGGACUGCUUUAGCAGGCCUUGUCGCUGCAGCGGGGCAGGGCAGAGGUGGGGUAGGGGUGGACAGCUUAAGCCAGCUCUGCUGUCAUCCCCCAUGGCCCAGGCUGUCCCAGCCUCAGGGUUCCAGCUGCCUCUGGGUGUGUGUGGCCAUGACCAGAUUCUUGGGGCCCGUCGGGACUGAUGGAGGGCUCUGUGUGUCUGGAGUUGGGGAGUCCUGGUGAGGUACGAGAGGUGGGUCUCCCAGGAUUCGAACCCAUGAGUGUUCACGUUACCUUUAACGAUUUCGGGAAUGUGGGGUGUGGAAGGUGUCAGGCCUGGUGAGCUAAACCUUGCUUGCCUCUGUGCCACCCUGGGAAUCAGCCCCAUUCAGGAGGGGUCGCUGAUUGGAUCUUUGACACCUAGGAACUGAUCUCAUCACAUAUCAGUUUGGUAAAUUUCUUCUUGGGACAACACAGGGAAGUCCAAUAAGUUACAAAUUUUUCUUUCUUGAGCAAAGAGGUCUCCAUCUGGAACUAGCUCCUCAAAAAUUUCUCUUCUGAGCCUCGGGGCCUUCAGGGCCUUGGUGGCCAUCAGUGUGUCCCAGCAAGACUCCUGGGAUCCUGGUGGGCUCCAGUGUGCACACGCUGCACACAGAGCAUUCAGGGUUGGGGGAGGGCAGGACCCUCUGGAAGGAAAGUGAGUCAGGCUGACCUCAGGGAGCUGGAGAGAACUUCAGGCCCCAGAGACAUGAAGGAGGCUGCCCAAGUGACCUUGAGGGUCUGUCUGUCCCUCUGCCUGGCAGGUGGAAGAGCACCCCUUGGGCCUGGCUCUAGUCUGCCCACCAGGAAGGGCUCCGUCUGGGCGGCUGAGAGGGUGGUGUCCCAUUGGUCUGAGGCUGCUGGGCUGUGAUUGUUUGGAUUGUCACUGACGUGCUUUUGUUUUUGUUUUUGUUUUUGUUUUUGUUUUUGUUUUUUGUUUUCUCUCCUUACUUCUGGGCUCACUUUUGUCUUUCUCUCCCUGCUGUCCCCUCCCCGGUCUCUCCCCUCCUGUCCCCUGCCCUGUCCUCUGCCCUCCCUGCCUGUUCUUGGCUUCUCUGUUUUGCUGUCUCUCAGCUGGAGGUUCUGCACUACCGACUCAGUGUCUCCAGCGCCCUCCACAGCCCUGCCCAACCCAGCCUCCAGGCCCUCCACGCCUACCAAGUACUGGCCGCUCUCAUAUUGUUUUGUUUCACCCCUGCCCUGUGGUGUGAGCCAUGGAGCGCAUGGCAGUGCAGUGGUAAAGCGAGGGUCCGGCCGGGGGCCAACUGGGGUGAUUCAGGCCAAUUCCAAGCAGAGUGAGGCCAGUGUGUGUCGGGGAUGGUGGCAGGCAUCCGUCUUUAGCCUGGCUCAGCCCUCAGCUUGGUAGACUAGCCCGGGUUUGGGGUGUGGGGCCACCAGAUCUGCCUGGCCAAGCCCCAAGCCAGUUGGAAUGUGGUAGGCUCUUGGGAGUUGGUGACUUCUGUGCUUGGCCCUGGGUUGAGGGAGCGGAAACAGUGUGGCCUUCGCAGUGGCCUGACUCACCUGGCUUUGCGGGCCUGGUACCUAGGAACUGACUGAGCCCAGGGAAGCCCCAAGGCUCAUGGUGGCGUGGUCUGUCAGUCCCAAGCCUGUGUGAGGCCAAGGGGCAGGGAGGACAAGGGCUUCGUCCCCUAGCCUGGAGAGGCUGUUGGUCCUUGAGCAUGCUGGGGCCUGGCCUCUUGUGGACUUUUGUGCUCCCACAGAGGUAGGCGAGAGCAAGAGAGGGCCUCACGGAGACUGGUCUGCUUUAGGCAGAGAUGACCAGUGUGGACGGAUUUGAAGUCUUGAGGUCGGUAGAUGGAGUGCAGGACUACAGGCUGUUUCAGGGCAGAUGGAGUCUGGUAGUUCAUGGAUUCAUGAGAUGAAUGUCAGGAAGUUUGGGCAGAAAGCAUGCAUCUAGAUCCCAUGCUCGAGGCCAGGGGUCUGUCCAGUUCCCCCUCAGUGGGAGCACACCACAUUUAACCUGAUAUUUGAGCACAAGAUAAGAAAUCACGUUUGCUGGGAUGGGGUGGUGAGUGCGCACAGGGUUCCCACUCAGAAGCAGCAGCCACAGGGAAGAGGGAAGAGAAUGAUCCAGAAGGGCCAGCAGGGGCGGGUUUAGCACAGAAGUGGUACCACUCCAGCAUGUGUUGGGGAAGGGCUCACUUGGCCAAGAGCAGCAUCCCUGGAGAAAAGUGCACAGCAGGAGGGGGAAGAGCCCUCCUUCCCCCCCCCCCCCCCCCACCAUGGGAAGGGUUGCUGAGCUGAGAAGGGCUGGGCCCAGUGAGAAAUGCCACUGGCUUUGGGAAAGUGUCCCUAACGGCCGUGCGGGUGGAGGAGGCCCACUUACAGCAGCGGUGGCUGGAUUCCUGUGGGGAUUUGGCUCUCGAGGGUGGGGGGGUGAGAAGGAAGGUUUGGCUUCUGUCCAGAGGGAAGAUAGCCCAAGGAGCUUCCCGGUUCAGUGCCAAUGCUCUGUCCUCCGCUAGGGAGAUGGUGGGUGGGUCGGCGAGGGGCCAGGAAUGAGAAAGGGGGAGGCUCCUGGGGGGAGUCACAGCCUGGCAACAGUGCCCUCUGAUCCUCCGUUACCGUGAAAAUAUCUUACGUUUUUUUUGUUGUUCAAAUGAUGCAAGUUCAUCGCUUAAGCUUACAGAUAAGCAGAAGAAAGUCUCCUCCUGAAGCCCCGUAGCUUCCCCCGCAGUCAUAUCGAGUCGUGUGGUGUGUUGCCUAGGCCUGUGGAGACAGAUCCAUGGCAAGGAGAGCGGAGAAGGCAGUGCCGCGGGCAGUGGUGGGGCUGCGACUGGGUGCCCGGGCUGUGCCAGGAGGCACGGCUUGUGCCAGCCUCAACGUUGCGCAGGAUUUGGACUAGGCUGCCAGAAGCUCUGUCGAGGUUGUGGGGGUCCCAGAGGCCUGGGGGGUGAGUGUGGGCAGAGGAGCGCGUCCGGGCACCCCAGAGCUGGGAGCCGGAGGCAGCGUAUCCUGCCGGUGCCAUCCUCUGCCACUCUGGAGACUCCAUCCUGUAUUCCGUCACAGAAGAGCCAGCAGACAGGCUUUCCUCUCGGGGCUGGGUCUUAAAGAUCCUACCUGAACCUUGUGAAUGAGAAUUUCACCUGACAAGAUAGAAAGCACUCUCGUCUUGUGCUGACGGCAGGGCUGUUAGCAAUAGAGGAAGGGCCGCCCUGCGCCAAGCCCCAGCUGGCUGUGUCCAGGACAGGAAGUGGAUGGAAGGGUGAGGGUUACAGCAGGAGAAGGAAUUUGGGAGUAUUUCUCCCUGAAAAAGGAAGCCAUGGGCCCCAGCGAGCUGUCUUCAUAUACCUGGGAGGCAGGCAGGAGCCCCUGAGCCCGGAUCCAGGGUGGGAUACUGGCCUGCCUCGCCCCCUGCUCCUCCUCUGGCUGGCCAGGAGUUGGGGGGGACCCCUGAGGACUUGGCCGGGCAGCAAUGACCCGAGUCACCCACAGAGGGUGCAAGAAGCGGCUGGAAGCACACAGGGAAGCAUUCAGGUCUGCUUUAGCAAAGCCGUCCCGCCCUGCCUUGCGUGCUCUUAGCGGGUCUCAGAGCUGGCAUGCGAGGUCUAUCUGCUGCGUGCCAGGCCCAGGGAGGGCCCUGUGGGCGGCCCACACAUCCUGUCGGGGAGAAGUGGUCCUGGGCGGGACAUACAUGGCCAGGCCUGGGGGCCCCACCCUGGGACCAGUCUGGGUCCUGACACAGCUCCCCCUCAACCUCAGGAGUCGUUCACACCCACGGAGGAGCACGUGUUGGUGGUGCGCCUGCUGCUAAAGCAUCUGCACGCCUUUUCCAACAGCCUGAAGCCUGAGCAGGUCUCUCCCUCCACCCACUCUCACGCCACCAGUCCCCUGGAGGAGUUCAAACGCACUGCUUUGGCCACUGGCCCCUGGAUGCGUCCUUCAGAGCCGUCCUGGAGAUGUGGCUGAGCUACCUACAGCCCUGGAGGUAUGCACCUGAGAAGCAGGCUCAGAGCAGCGACUGCCAGGCCCGGUGUGUGUCGGAGAGAUGGGCACCCUUUGUGCAGGAGAAUCUGCUGAUGUACACCAAGCUUUUUGUGGGCUUCCUGAGCCGCGCGCUCCGCACCGACCUGGUCAGCCCCAAGAACGCGCUCAUGGUAUUCCGAGUGGCCAAAGUCUUUGCCCAGCCCAACCUGGCUGAAAUGAUCCAGAAAGGGGAACAGCUGUUCCUGGAGCCAGAACUCGUCAUCCCACACCGCCAGCACCGACUCUUCACAGCUCCCACUUUCACCGGCAGCUUCCUGUCCUCGUGGCCCCCAGCCGUCACAGACGCCUCCUUCAAGGUGAAGAGCCACGUUUACAGCCUGGAGGGCCAGGACUGCAAGUACACCCCAAUGUUUGGGCCCGAGGUGCGGACGCUGGUCUUGCGCCUGGCUCAGCUCAUCACGCAGGCCAAGCAGACUGCCAAGUCCAUCUCUGACCAGUGCGGGGAGAGCACGGCCGGCCGCCCCUUUCUGUCGUGGCUGGGCUUCUGCUCCACAGACACGAACGGCUCCUACGCAGCCAACGACCUGGACGAGAUGGGGCAGGACAGUGUCCGCAAGACAGACGAGUACCUGGAGAAGGCCCUGGAGUACCUGUGCCAGAUGUUCCGACUCAGCGAGGCUCAGCUCACCCAGCUCACGCUUGCCUUGGGGACAACUCAAGAUGAGAAUGGGAAGAAGCAGCUCCCAGACUGCGUCGUGGGGGAGGACGGGCUCGUCCUCACGCCCCUGGGCCGGUACCAGAUCAUCAAUGGGCUGCGAAGGUUUGACAUCGAGUACCAGGGUGACUCAGAGCUGCAGCCCAUCCGGAGCUAUGAGAUCGCCAGCCUGGUCCGCGUGCUCUUCCGGCUGUCCUCCGCCAUCAACCGCAGGUUUGCAGGCCCGAUGGCAGCCCUGUGUUCCCGUGCCGACUUCCUCGGCAGCUUUUGUCGGUACCACCUCACGGAGCCCGGGCUGGCAGACAGGCACCUGCUGAGCCCGGUGGCACGAGGGUGUGCGGCCCGCCGUCCCCGGGGCCCUAGGCUCAGCCUGCGCUUCCUGGGCAGCUACCGGACGCUGCUCUCGCUGCUUCUGGCCUUCUUCGUGGCCUCCCUGUUCUGUAUUGGGCCCCUCCCUUGCGCCCUGCUCCUCGUGCUGGGCUACCUCCUCUACGCUGUGGCCAUGACGCUGCUCACCGAGCGCAGCAAGCUGCACCAUCUCUGACCUCAGGCCGGGUGCCGAUGCAGGGCCGCCAGCGAGAGGCCCACACAGCCUCUCCCUCGAGCCUGAGAGGCCACCUCCGAGCUAGGGGGCCACUUUCCUGCAGCCACGGAGCCAUGCCACGCGUAAGAGGAGAUGAAAACGGAAGGGUGUGGUCCAGGCUUGCCAAGGAAGGGAGUGACCUCAAAGGGCCUGUUAGUGUCACAGGACGGUGCCGGACCCAGCCACUCGGUCCUCCCUGCUUCCCUCAGCCACAGGCCCUGCAGUGAAAUGGGCCUCCAGGCCUUUCUCCAACCUGACGCCCCAGGGUCUAGCUGUGUGAGGCCUGGGAGGCAGUGCUGCCCAGGAGGGGCCUCGCCAUCCUUAAGGUUGGCAAGGUGGCGUGCCUCUCCUCUCCCUGCCGACAGCAGGACGGUCCCUCAGUGUCUGGUUCCAGAGAAGAUUCCAAAACCCUAGAGGUUCCUGAGAAAGUUUAGAGGAUGGUUCCCUGAUUCCUAACUUUAAACCUAGAUUUUGCCAUCGCAUUUGGCAAAGUGAGGGUCAUUCUUCACGCAUUGCCAGCAAUUCUGGGGCUGGGCCCUACAGCUCCACUUUCUAGAAGAAAAGAUCCUCCAGGAGCACAGAUGCUCAGUGGGACAGUGCUUCACCUCUGGCUCCCUCCUGGCCCCCAAGCCAUUAAGCACGUUGCUUGGUGGCAGCCCAGCGUCACUGCCUCAUCCGGGACAGGCUCGCUUGUCCCAUGGGCAGAGGGGAUGUGGCUGGGCCAUGGGAGUUGGGCAUCGUCUGGUGCUGCAACCAAAGAUGGUCAAAGGCAUUGUUUGUACCUUCAGUAAAAUCGAGUGCAAAGACACUAACUUUUUGAUGACAUUUGAAUGUUCCUACUACACAGCAAUUUCAUGUUCUCUGUCGAAAGUCAUCCCCACAGGGUCUCAAGCACAUGCAUUCAUCUUACAGGGGACGCACCAGAGAGAACAUCUCAACGACGAUUUUAAACCAAACCUUUGUUUUGGGUUUUUUUUUAAGUUUCCAAACUAAAUGUUGAGCUUUGUAUUUUGAUGUGAACUCAGAAUAAUGGCAUUCUGGGGCCUGUGACCAAAAAACAAACCAAGUUGGUAACUGACCGCAGAUCUGAAUAAAGCAGUUUUUGCUCCCGA